AUGACUCGAAAUGUAGUCGUUACCGCCAGGACAGUGUCGCGCCAACAUUCUGGACUGAGAGUUGUACUGCCUGGCUCCCGUACCAGCUUCUCUACCUCCAAUGGCGCCCUGGCUCCAGUUUCGUAUCUCAGUCGGAAGUCUAGCGAGGGAAAGAACGCAAUCGUGACUGGGUCCAGUCAGGGUAUUGGAAAAGCCAUUGCGUUGCGUCUGGCUGCCGACGGAUACAAUGUUUGUAUCAACGAUAUCAGUGCCAACGCCAAGGGUUGUGCCGUAGUUGUGGACGAGAUCAAAUCUAUGGGCAGAAAGUCAUGCUCUGCCAUUGCUGAUGUCACCAAAAGAGACGAGGUACAACAGCUGGUCCAGAUAACUGUGCGCGAACUGGGGCCGCUCCACACCAUGGUCGCCAAUGCCGGCAUUGCCCAGGUCAAGCCAGUGCUCGAUCUAACAGAAGAAGACUUCCAGCGCAUGUUCGCAGUCAACGUAUUCGGCCUCCAGAACUGCUACGCCGAGGCAGCCAAGCAGAUGAUCGCCGACGGCGUGGUUGGACCAGACCAUCCAGGCAAGCUCAUCGGCGCAUCAUCCAUUGUGGGCUUCAGAUCCAUGGAGAUGCUGUCGCAUUACAGCGCAACAAAGUGGGCAGUGCGGGGACUCACGCAGGCAUAUGCGCUGGAAAUGGCUGGACACCACAUCACUGCCAAUGCAUACGCCCCUGGUAUCGUGGGCACGUCCAUGUGGGAUCUAAUUGAUGCUGGGAUGGCGAAAAAGAAAGGCCACAAGAAAGGGGACGUGAUGAGGAAGCUUGCGCAUGAGAGGACGACUUUAGGCCGUGUUAGUGUUGCCGAGGAUGUAUCUAAUCUGGUCAGCUUCCUGGCGAGUCGUGAUAGUGAUUUUGUGACUGGACAGACUCAGAUCGUGGAUGGUGGUAUUGUGUUUACGUAG